GUUCUUGAUCGACCAUAGCAUGGCUGGGUAUGAGAGUGGGGUAGUCUACGCCAAUUAAAGAUAGGUGGCAUGGAGUUGAGACGCCUGACGAUGCUUACCCCGCUCGUUAAUAAAACCAAUCGCGCUGGACUGAUUCGUAUACAGGGUCCUGCACUUCCCGAAUAGCCGCCAGUACGCCACCAGUACAUGUCGCGAUAGUGUAUAUCCCCGAGAGAGAAGAUCACCUUGAAAACUAUUAUCCGGUGACCGUCGUGUGUAUGCUUGUCACUUGUUAUAUUAAGGAUGGCGAGAGCCACCCUUCUGACGGUACGAGUAUGAGUGUCCACCUCAAAAUUCUGUCUUUAGAAUUAUAUUAUAUGAAGCUAUCAUCAGGGAUACGACAUAGCCCAGCAACGAUCCAAUAUAUUGCAGAAAGCUGAAACUCUCUGGGACUCUGCGGUCAUACGGGCGGGGACAUCAUUCCGUGGCCAGUCAGCAAGGCUUCCCUUGGUACACUAUUGUGUAGCUUUUCAUGUACCAUUUUGUUCCAGGGGUACUAUUCUGCCUAACUGAUUGAAGGUUUGUUUACAUAAGUACACCGAAUAACAUAGAGUUUCAGCUGUCAGGAUAUCGGAUAAGACCAGAGACAAGUUGGACAAGGUAACACAACGUCAUGAUGACUGAAGAGACGACAAUAUAUAUGAAUGGCCAACCACCCUUCGUUUCGACAACCCAAACGCCAGAAGAAAAGAUUAACAUCGAUGUCGCGAAGCAAUACAUGUCACUUGCCUACUCGCCAACCCACAACAAAGGUGCCGAGUCCGUCCGCCACCUGUGCACCCCGGACAGCUGGUUUUGGAGUCCCUCUACCUUUCCAGGAUGUCUCACACCCAUGGACUAUGCCGAUUCGCAUGCCCAAGUCAUGGCGUCUGUCAAUGAUCUGCAUAUAGUUCGUUAUGACCAGGAAUGGGCAAAGGACGGACAUGUGCUACUGCGAUAUACAGCCGAAGGAUCGCAUGCGGGAAAGCCGUAUAAGGGGAUUGAGAAGUCGGAUCCACCCCGGAAAGCGAGAUGGAGCGCUGCUGCUAUCUUUGAGAUCCAAGAUGGCAAAAUUAAGAGCUUCACGAAGGAUUGGGAUCAGAAGGUGAUGCAGAUCCAGCUUGGGUGGGCGCCGGUGCAAGAAUCGGAUGAUCCGAGGUGGAACCGAGCAAUGUUGGCCGAACCGGAGAAAGCGAGGAACGCAAAAUAAUAUUAAUGUUUCAUGGUGGAUUAUUGGGUUGCGGAUUUGUCUGUCUUGCGUGUCGGUCAAAAAUCCGUUUGUGAAUUUCUGAGGCUUGGUCUUCUAUGCUUUGUACGAACAAAUUGGGUAUGAAGGGAAUAAUCAGGCGAGGCUUUUAGUACUUUCGCGGAUCCUCACCAUAUGUGGGAAUUGCAUGGAGUAGACAAAUCAGC